AUGUCGCACAACUCUGACCUCCCAGGCAAAAGAAACACCAGCCGACCCGUCUUCACCUCGCACGAGCGCCAGCUAGCCAAAGCCGCCUGGACCGCCUCCUCCGCCCGCCUCUCGCGCGAAUCCUUCCUGCCGUUCGCUUCAUGCUCGCUCUGUCUCGAAACCGCCAUCGACCCGGUCGCCUGCUUGCACGGCGAUAUCUUUUGCCGCGAAUGCGCCCUGACGAAUAUCCUGGCGCAAAAGAAGGAGAUCAAGCGCGCUGAAAAGAUCCGGGAGCAGGAGGAGAGGGAAGCAGCUGAGGAGCAGGCAAGACGAGACGCGGAGGCGCAGGAGAGGGCGAUUAGGGAGUUUGAGCUUACGCAGGCUGGGUUGUCGAUUCAGAAGGGUAAUGGGAAUGGCAACGGCAAUGGUAAUGGGAAGAGGGACAUCACGUUGCAAAGAACCGAGUCAACGACCAGUGGAAAUGGAGAUGAGAAGAGGAUAGAAGACAAGAGGGGAGAGAAGCGCAAGUUUUCUCUGGACGGAGACGAGGUAGCGAAGAUCGCCGAGGAGGAGCGAGCCAAAGCAAGGAGAGCCAUUGAAGAUGAAAAUGCAUCAAAACCCAAACUCCCCUCCUUCUGGUCACCCUCCGUCACACCCUCCUCGAACUCAAAAGACAUCCUCCACGAAAUCAAAAAGAAGGUCAAAUCCCAGCCGACAUGUCCCGCCGCGCCUGAAGACAAACCGCACUUUUACUCUCUCCACACGCUCGUCACCGUCAACUUUACCGAAGAGGAGGACUCGAGCACGAAGAAGAAGACAAGGAUAUGUCCCGCCUGCAAGAAAGCGCUGUCGAAUUCCUCGCGGGCAACGCUAGCGAAGCCAUGUGGUCAUGUGCUCUGCAAGAACUGCGUCGACAAGUUCAUGAAGCCUACGGGUCACCAUGAUCCGCAUGCGCCAGACCUAGAUCCCGAUGCUAUCGUGUGCUAUGUCUGCGAUACGGAAUUGACGGAGAAGAAGAAAGAGGAGCCGAGCAGUAGCAGUAAGAAGGGAAAAGAAGGGAAGAAGGAAAAGAAGGAGAAGGAGACGAUAAAGCCUGGGCUGGUGGAACUGAGGCGUGAAGGUACUGGGUUCUCGGCUGGAGGCACGAAUCAGGUGAAGAAGGACGGGGUGGGGUUUGCCUGUUGAGUUCUGCCCUUGGAUAUUUCAAGUCGUCACAGGUAUACCCAUGAGAAGUUGUUUGGAAACCUCGGUUCGGUUUCUCUUCAGUUGUUAACAUGAUACCCAAGUGGACCAUAUGUGACGUUGAAAAAUACCUAGUUGUUAUGCUGAUUUGCCAUUCAAAGGAUUUACUGGCCUCGUAUGCCAGCCUUCCAUAUACCUGUGUAGGAUUGCC